AUGAUUGAAGAAAGACAAGAUAACGAGAACACAAACGACGAUCAAUUACCGCCGAUUCCAGACUCGAUUCUAAAUAAAUAUCAUAUUGAACCAAACCUGGCUAAAUACGAUAUUGAACAAACAUCUCCAUCUCAAAACAAGAGUACUAAAGUAAUGUACUUACGCAGCUCUCAACGUAAAUUAGACCAAUUCUGGCAGGCCUUCAUUUAUUUAGAAUGCAAACCUACCCGUGGAGAUCGUCAAUUUCUUUCACAAAUAAUAUCAACAACUAAUAACAAUGCUAAACUUCAUACUUCAAUGACUAAUAACGGCACUGCCUUAAAAUUUUCUCCUUUAUAUAGGAGUAAGUUAGGAUCACCACAGAACUUGCAUGUUACGUUGACUCCCAAUAUUCCAUUCGCCUCGGAAGCAUUAAGGGAUUCUAUGCUUCAAGUUUUAUCUGAUAAGAUUAAUAAGUGUAAGAUACGACCAUUUGUUCUUGAAUUUGAAUCUGCGAGAGCUUGCAAACUCCUUAGAUCAGUCGUCAAUGAUAAGUUGUUUUUGGCGCUGGACGUUAAAGAAGAAAUCAAGAGAAAUCAACUAAUGGAAAUCCAUGAAAUCAUCGAUGAAACUCUGAAGAAAGUUAUACCAGAGUAUUAUUCGCAAUCAUGGAAGAAUCGGGCUAAAGAUUUUUAUUUGAACAAUGCCCAUAUGUCCCUUGCUGAAUCUAAUACUGUUCCCUCAAGAAUGGUCAAGGAUUUUAAAAAACUACAAGAUUUACUUUCGUAUAAUAAUAACCCUAAAAAUUGUAAUGAUGGCGACAAGGAAACAAUUCAAGAAGAAAAUAAUCUUUCGUUUCAAAUUAGAACCUUGAAAGUAGAUAUAGAUCGUCAAACUUUGACUAUACCAUUUAUCCCUUUGUAG